AUGGGCAGCUUAGAGCCAUCCAACAUCCUCAUUGUGGGCGCAGGCCCCGUCGGACUCGCCUUAGCCUUAGAUUUAGGUCGACGUGGCAUCCGUUCAACCAUCGUCGAACGCAAUCCUAGUGCCGAAGAAACACUCCAAGCCAAGGCAAGCGUAAUCGAUGAACGAACUAUGGAAUUUUGCCGGCUACUCGGCGUUCGUGACGAUGUUGCCAAUGCAGGCUAUCCCGGUGACCUUCCUGGCGAUACUGUCUUCUGCACAGCAAUGAAUGGUCACUAUAUUGGCCGUCUUGAAAUGCCCUCUGCAGAGACGCGGGAAGUUCCAGAACAAUCUGCCGAGAUGCUGCGGCGUUGUCCGCAGAUCUGGUUCGAUCCGGUCUUUGCGCGAGCCGUGCAUCGCCAGGGAAUGACAGAUAUUCGCUACGGCACGGAGCUCGUUGGAUGUGACCAAAAUGACAAUUAUGUGGUCGGUCACCUGAAGCAUGUUGCAGAUGGCACCUUGGAGGAGGUGCGAGCACAGUACGUUGUCGCGUGCGAUGGUGCUGGUAGCACCGUGCGAAAGCAACUCGGUAUCCCCUUCGACGGCAAAAGCCUUGGAUAUGCCAUCAGUUCAAUUGUGCGAGUCGACCUCUCGAAAUACCACUCCUGGACUGCUGUAGAGCGUUUCAUGUUUAUUGGCCCCGACGGGACCUGGGGAAACUUCACGACAAUCGACGGUCGGUCGCUCUGGCGGUUCUCCAUUGUCGGUGGGAAGGAAAAAGUCGAUCUUUCAACCAUUGACAUGGACGCCCUCCUGCGAAAGGCUCUUGGAGGGGAUGCACCUGAGUACGAAAUUAUCAAAACGGUCCAGUGGCGACGAAGCCAGUAUACCGCAGACACGUACAACAAAGGACGGAUCUUUCUUGCUGGAGAUGCCGCUCAUACAAUGUCUCCCACUGGCGGUCACGGCCUGAAUACGGGCAUUGCAGAUGUCAUGGGUCUUAGCUGGGUAUUGCAAGCCCUACUGGAAGGAUGGGGAGGGCCGGGUCUGAUUGACGCAUACACUGCCGAACGACGACCCAUCGCCCUUCGCAAUGGAGCGGGAUCUACUCGUAACUUGGGAAUUUGGCUCGACACAAAUGGCCGUGACAAAGUCCUUGACGAAGGACCGGAGGCAGAUGAACAAAGAGACAGCCUCGGCAAAAACAUGGCUGCGAACAUGCGCCAAGAGUUUCAGUCACUAGGCCUGGCUUUAGGGUACAGUUACCCUGAUUCGCCGCUCAUUAUUCCCGAUGGCUCUCCUGCGCCAUUUGAUGACCCGGAUAUUUACAUCCAAACCGCUCGUCCAGGCCAUCGGGCACCUCAUUACUGGCUGAGCAAGGGACGCUCGACAAUUGAUUUGUUCGGGCGUGGUUUUGUCCUCCUUUGUCUUGGUGAUGAGGCCGAGAGAGACGGCGAAAUCAUGCGAUUUGCACGGGAGCUGCGUGUUCCGCUUGAGAAGAUUGUUCUCAACCAGCCAGAGGUUGGCAAGCUCUAUGAACGGCGGCUUAUUCUGGUUCGUCCGGAUGGGAUGGUUGCUUGGCGGGGAGAGGCGCUUCCUGAUGAUUCCAAGGCACUUCUUAACCAUGUGAGGGGAGCCCUUUCAGCUGUCAUGUAG